GGUCCUUAGGGGAUGGAUCGCGUGUGGAGUGCGUGGUGCGGGAAGUGCGUCAAAGAGAAAGGGUCGUCACCACUUUGGGCCCAGCGCAUCGUGGUCGCCUGGCUCAGUAGGGCCGAGUGGGAUCAGGUGAUGGUAUAUCUGUUUUGUGACGACCAUAAAUUGCAGCGGUACGCCCUGAACCGCAUCACCGUGUGGAGAAGCAGGUUAGGCAACGAACUUCCCCUGGCAGUGGCUUCUACUGCUGACCUGGUACGCUGUAAGCUCAUGGAUGUAACUGGUGGCUUGGGCACUGAUGAACUUAGACUGCUCUAUGGCAUGGCGUUGGUCAGGUUUGUGAAUCUCAUUUCCGAGAGGAAGACAAAGUUUGUCAAGCUCCCUCUCAAGUUCCUGGCUCAGGAGGUAAACAUUCCGGAUUGGAUUGUUGAACUUCGCCAUGAGUUGACUCACAAGAAAAUGCCCCAUAUAAAUGACUGUCGCAGAGGCUGUUAUUUUGUUCUGAAUUGGCUCCAGAAGACAUACUGGUGCCGCCAACUGGAGAAUAGCCUGAGAGAAACCUGGGAGUUGGAGGAGGAUAGGGAAGAGACAGAUGAAGAAGACCAAGAGGAAGAUAAAAACAUUGUUGUUGAUGACAUCACAGAACAGAGAACAGAGCCUAAGGAUAAGGGGAAAGGUGCAGAACUGGAUGUCAGGGUUGAUGGAAACAGUGAAAGCAACAAAGAGGUUGAUUCACAUUGGGAAAAGGCUCUGAGACAUAAAGAGCUAUAUGAAAGAGCCCGAGAACUGCUGGUAUUAUACGAAGAGGAGCAGUUUAAGGUGCUUGAGAAAUUUAGGUAUUUACCUCAGGCUGUUAAGGCAUGGAACAACCUGUCUCCACCUGUAGAAUGCAUCCUGGCAGAGCUCAAGGGCAUUACAUGUGAGAACAGGGAGGCUGUGUUGGAUGCUUUUCUGGAUGAUGGCUUUCUUAUCCCCACAUUUGAACAGUUGGCAGCUUUGCAGAUAGACUAUGAAGAUGGGCAGACUGAGGUCCAGAGAGGGGAAGGUACUGACCCAAAGUUACACAAAAACAUGGACUUGAGUGACAUCCUGGUGCCAAAGCCGUUUUCUCAAUUCUGGCAGCCCCUGCUCAGGGGUCUGCACUCCCAGACCUUCACGCAGGCCCUACUAGAGAGGAUGUUCUCCGAGCUGCCAACCUUGGGGGACAGUGGGAUCCGGCCCACCUACAUCCUCAGAUGGACCAUUGAACUGAUUGUGGCUAACACCAAGACUGGACGGAAUGCCCGCCGAUUUUCUGCAAGCCAGUGGGAAGCAAGAAGGAGCUGGAGGCUAUUCAACUGCUCUGCUUCCCUUGACUGGCCCCGGGUGGUUGAGUCCUGCUUGGGCUCACCUUGCUGGGCUAGCUCUCAACUCCUUCAGCUUGUCUUCAAAGCCAUGGGACAGGUCCUGCCAGAUGAGGAGCAGGAGAAGCUGCUGCGAAUCUGUUCCAUUUACACCCAAAGUGGAGAAAACAGCCUAGUACAGGAGGGCUCAGAGGCCUCCCCCAUUGGGAAGUCUCCAUAUACACUGGACAGCCUGUAUUGGAGCUUCAAACCAGCUGGUUCCAGCUUUGGAUCUGAAGAACCCCAGCAGCAGGAGGAGCAGGGCAGCCUUAAUGAUCUCCAGAAAAAUGAAGAGGAGAAAGAGGUAUUGGAAAAUCAGGUGGAGGAGGAGGAAGAGGAAAACGAUGACCAGAAGUGGGAUGAGGAGGAGGAUGAAGAUGAUGAUGAUGAAGAGGAGGAGGAGGAGGAGGAGGAGGAGAAGGAGGAGAGAAUGGAAGUGGAGCCUUUCUCUGCUGAGGAGUCUUCCACUGCUGAGAAUUCCAGGCUCCUGGCCCAGAAAACAGGAGCUUUACAGGGCUCUGCAUGGCAAAUUAGCUCUGAAGAUGUACGAUGGGAUACCUUUCCCUUAGGCCUAAUGCCAGGUCAGACUGAGGACCCAGCAGAGCUUAUGCUGGAAAAUUAUGACACCAUGUAUCUUUUGGACCAGCCUGUGCUAGAGCAGCGGCUGGAACCCCCAACAUGCAAGACUGGCACCCUUGGCUUGAGCUGUGGCAUGGGCAGUGACAACUGCAGCAACAGUAGCAACGGCAGCAGCAACUUGGAGGGCCUUCUCUGGAGCCAGGGCCAGCUGCAUGGACUCAAAACUGGCCUACAGCUCUUCUGA